UAGAGGAAACAGUGCUGCCUUUAAAGAUGGCCUCCCGAGGUAACGCGCUGUACCGCGUCUAUGCCGAAAAAUGAAGGAAAACCCGAAUGGGAUCGCGAACAUCGGCUAAAUCGGGCGGUACGGUGACUCUCGAGAAAGAUGUUCGGUGGUUCGGUGUGUCUGGCCGAUUGAAGAACGGAAAGGUUGCGAAGAUGCGAGAGCAGGCGAGUCUAGCGGUGGUCAUUCUACCCCGUGUCGAGUGACAGUGGCUUACGUAACGGAUUAUUCUCGCUAUGAUAACGAUACUCCAGCCGCGAACGUGAAACAAGAAACUGUUUUACCGGGUUAUUCGCGGCGCUGCGCGCGAAUCUGCUAGAAAUACGCAUCGCGACUGACCUGAAUUUUCUCUGUCGUUUCGAUAUCGUACCAACGCCACGUACCGUUCGAGUGCAUCCCGUCAGUUUCGAAAUCCAGCACGCUGGAAAAGCAUAUCGGAGCGUGUCCUGAGAAAUUAUGACAGCGGCGCUCGUCAUGGAAAACACAAAUUGGGAUCCUGCCUUGUCGAAACUGCUGAAUUCGCUGCAAGAGAACAAGAACGAGAUACCCAGCUGUACCGAGGAGGAAUUCGGAUUCCUGAGCGAUUUGCUGCAGUCGAAGGAAUUGAACGCGUUGGUGAACGUGCACAAUAAAAUUUUGCACAAUGUCCAGGACGACAAGUUCUUCCCCGUACUCUCCAAUUCCAUGGACAUCGACAUCGAUGUUCUGGACCUGCUCUCCACCAAGACGCACAUCUCUACGGAAUGCAAGGAGCUUUUCCAUUUGCUUCAAAAGCCGCACAUACAGGGGCUGUUGUGCGCCCACGACGCGGUCGCCCAGAAAGAUUACUAUCCCCGAUUGCCGGAGAUUCCCAUGGAAGUGGACGAGGACGAAGAGACCGUGAAGAUCGUGCAGUUGGUGAAAUCGAACGAACCCUUGUGUGGCACCGGCGUUGAACCGAUCGUGGGGGCGACGAUAAAAACAUGCGAGGAGACCGGGAAGAUCGUGAUAGCGCGAAUAAUGCAUGGCGGCGCGGCCGAUAGAUCCGGCCUGAUUCACGUUGGAGACGAGGUUUGCGAGGUGAAUGGCAUCAGCGUCGAAGGAAAGACUCCGAACUGUGUUCUUAAAAUAUUGCAAAAUUCCGAGGGUACGAUUACCUUUAAAAUAGUGCCUGCCGACAGUAAAGGGGGAAUUCGGGAGAGUAAGGUGCGAGUUAGGGCGCACUUUUCGUACAAGGCUGCCGAAGAUCCGUACAUACCUUGUAAGGAGGCUGGGCUAGACUUCGACAAGGGUGUCGUUCUCCACAUCGUCAGUCAGGACGACGCCUAUUGGUGGCAGGCGAGACGAGAAGGCGACCGAAACAUGCGUGCUGGCUUGAUCCCCAGCAGAGCCCUGCAGGAGAGACGAAUUAUCCUCGAGAGGCAACAGAAGGAGAAAACCGACGACGACAAUAUAAGCUUGUGUUCUGUUCCAGUGCCUUUGCCCGCGUUGUGCCCCCGUCCCAGUACCUCUUUGCACGCCUCGCCUACAAAGUGCAACUUGCAGGGAGUAAAAACUAAAAAAAUCAUGUAUGACGCUGCAGAGAACGACGAUUUCGACCGGGAAGAAAUACCAACCUACGAAGAAGUCGCGAAGCUCUAUCCGAGACCGGGCCUCUACCGGCCGGUGGUUCUGAUCGGGCCACCGGGUGUUGGACGGAACGAGCUCAAGAGGCGGCUCGUGGCCACCGAUCCCGAGAAGUACAAGACGCCCGUUCCUUAUACUUCGAGACCACCGAGACCGGGUGAGGUGAACGGUAAAGAGUACCAUUUCGUCACCCGGGAAAAGAUGGAGGAGGAAAUCGAGGCUGGAAAGUUUAUAGAAUACGGCGAGUACAAGGGUAACUUGUACGGUACCAGUUCCGAGAGCGUCAGCUCCCUGAUAAACGCUGGAUACGUCUGCCUGUUGAACCCGCACUAUCAGGCCCUCAAGAUGCUUCGAACGCCGCAGACCAAACCGUACGUGGUCUAUAUAAAACCGCCCAGGUUCGAAAUAUUGAAAGAAACGAGGAACGACGCCAGAGCAAGAUCAACUUUCGACGAGAGCAACUCUCGAGGUUUCACGGACGAGGAGUUCCAGGAAAUUUUGCGCAGCGCUGCUAGAAUCGAAUUUCUCUACUCUCAUCUGUUCGACGAGGUGAUCGUGAACGCUGACCUCCCUAUAGCGUUCGAGCAGCUGGUGAACGCGGUUCAUCGAGUAGAAUCGGAACCGCUUUGGGUACCUGCUUCCUGGGUUCAAUAGACGCAGCUAGAUCUUUCGACGGAUGAUGCUUUUCCUCCAAUUUCUCACCAACGCUACUUUUCGAAUCGGCGCAAAUUCCCCGACGAAUGCCUUUGUACCCCUAAAUCGACGAAAUUACGUUUUCGCGAAUAAACCUCGUUCCUCGUUGCGCUGUUGGAUCGAAAGCACAGUUGCGCCGACGAUCUCCUUUCUAAACCUUCUUAACGUGUUAUCUUAGAGUGUUUACUGCCAGGGGAAAGCGUUGCACUCUCUUCGAUCUUAUACCGAAUAUCCGUGAGUAGGGGCGGCGAAGUUUAAGGGAACGUGAACCGCGUUAAAGCUCUAACGUAUGUAAGUUUGGGAUCAAGGAUUGUAAAUGGUAGCUCGUCCCGAUACAAGCUCGUCGCGGGACCUUGGAAUACUAGGCGUCGCUACCACUCGUGACCUUUGAUUCCAAUUGUUGUUGAUUGUUGCCAAAUAAGUAUCGUACCUAGAACACUGUGGGAAUCGUCUCACGAUUAUUGUAUUUUCCACUCGAUCAGCAUUGCCACGAUAUUGCUAUUUUUUUCAUAAUCGAACGGGCUGCCAGCCCGAGGAAAAUUGACG